UUUAAACCCGCUUUUGUUGUUGUUGGCUUCUCGUGGUUCGGUUUUGUGUGUUGUGGGUGUGUGUGGCGGUUUUUCCCCCGUGGUGCAUUUUUUUUUUUUAUUGUUGUGCUCUUUUUUUUUCCCCCUUUUUUUUUUUUCCUCUCUCUCUUUCUCCCUUUUUUUUUUUUUUUUUUUUAAAAACCCGUGAACGUUUUUUGAUCGGGGCUUCCGAAUAUGUUUUAUGACGGUUGAUUUCACACCAGGAGGUUUGUCUCCGAGGAAGACCCAGGGAACUGGAUAUCUAGCGACAACUUGCUCCGGCUUCCCCGGCGCCUCGGGAACAUGGGAGCUGCUGCAAAGUUGGCGUUCGCCGUCGUUCUCAUCUCCUGCUCUUCAGGUGCUAUACUUGGUAGAUCAGAAACUCAGGAGUGUAUUUUCUAUAACGCUAAUUGGGAAAGAGAUAAAACGAAUCGAACUGGUGUUGAACUCUGUUAUGGUGACAAAGAUAAACGGAGACAUUGUUUUGCUACCUGGAAGAAUAUUUCUGGUUCCAUUGAAAUAGUGAAGCAAGGUUGUUGGCUGGAUGAUAUCAACUGCUAUGACAGGACUGAUUGUAUAGAGAAAAAAGACAGCCCUGAAGUAUAUUUUUGUUGCUGUGAGGGCAAUAUGUGUAAUGAAAGGUUUUCUUAUUUUCCGGAGAUGGAAGUCACACAGCCUACUUCGAAUCCAGUUACUCCUAAGCCACCCUAUUACAAUAUCUUGCUCUACUCCUUGGUGCCACUUAUGUUAAUUGCAGGGAUCGUCAUCUGUGCAUUUUGGGUGUAUAGACAUCAUAAGAUGGCCUACCCUCCUGUACUUGUUCCUACUCAACACGCCUUUCAUAUAAUGAUAGAGGACCCAGGACCACCCCCACCUUCUCCAUUACUAGGUUUGAAGCCACUGCAGUUACUAGAAGUGAAAGCAAGGGGAAGAUUUGGUUGUGUCUGGAAAGCCCAGUUGCUCAAUGAAUAUGUCGCUGUGAAAAUAUUUCCAAUACAGGACAAACAGUCAUGGCAAAAUGAAUAUGAAGUCUACAGUUUGCCUGGAAUGAAGCAUGAGAAUAUAUUACAGUUCAUUGGUGCAGAAAAACGAGGCACCAGUGUUGAUGUGGAUCUUUGGCUAAUCACAGCAUUUCAUGAAAAGGGUUCACUGUCAGACUUUCUUAAGGCUAAUGUGGUCUCUUGGAAUGAACUGUGCCAUAUUGCAGAAACUAUGGCUAGAGGAUUGGCAUAUUUACAUGAGGAUAUACCUGGCCUAAAAGAUGGCCACAAACCCGCCAUAUCUCACAGGGACAUCAAAAGUAAAAAUGUGCUGUUGAAAAACAAUCUGACAGCCUGUAUUGCUGACUUUGGGUUGGCGUUAAAGUUUGAGGCUGGCAAGUCUGCAGGUGAUACUCAUGGACAGGUUGGUACCCGGAGGUAUAUGGCUCCAGAGGUAUUAGAGGGUGCUAUAAACUUCCAAAGGGAUGCAUUUUUGAGGAUAGAUAUGUACGCCAUGGGAUUAGUCCUGUGGGAACUGGCUUCUCGCUGUACUGCUGCAGAUGGACCUGUAGAUGAGUACAUGCUGCCAUUUGAGGAGGAAAUCGGCCAGCAUCCAUCUCUUGAAGACAUGCAGGAAGUUGUUGUGCAUAAAAAAAAGAGGCCCGUUUUAAGAGAUUAUUGGCAGAAGCAUGCUGGAAUGGCAAUGCUCUGUGAAACGAUAGAAGAAUGUUGGGAUCAUGAUGCAGAAGCCAGGUUAUCAGCUGGAUGUGUAGGGGAAAGAAUUACUCAGAUGCAGAGACUAACAAAUAUCAUUACCACAGAGGACAUUGUAACAGUGGUCACAAUGGUGACAAAUGUUGACUUUCCUCCCAAAGAAUCUAGUCUAUGAUGGUUGCACCAUGUGUACACAUUGAGAAACGGGACUGUGAACUGGAGCUGCUAAGCUAACGAAACUGCUUACAGUGUAUUUUCUGUGUGAAAUGAGCAGGAGGUCUCCUGGACGCGUCGAAAAGAAGACCCUCGUUUAAAACUGUGGCUCUGGGAGACUUACGGCACUGCCUAUAGCAGAAACGUGAAAGGACGAGAUGAAGAGAAACAUUGCAAACUCUAUAAACUUUUGAGAAAGUGUACAUGAAGAAUGUGGCCCUCUCCAAAUCAAGGCUCUUUGGACCUGGCUAAUCAAGUGUUUGAAACUGACUUCAGAUUUCUAAUGUCUGUCAGAAGACACUAAUUCCUUAAAUGAACUACUGCUAUUUUUUUUUUUUUAAAUCAGAAACUUUUCAUUUCAGAUUUUAAAAAAGGGUAACUUGUUUUUAUUGCAUUUGCUGUUGUGUUUCUAUAAAUGACUAUUGUAAUGCCAAUAUGACACAGCUUGUGAAUGUGUAGUGUGCUGCUGUUCUGUGUACAUAAACAGUCAUCAAAGUGGGGUACAGUAAAGAGGCUUCCAAGCAUUACUUUAACCUCCCUCAACAAGGUAUACCUCAGUUCCACGGUUGCUAAAUUAUAUAAUUGAAAACACUAACAAAAUUUGAAUAAUAAAUUGAUCCAUGUUUUGUAACAAGGUAUUACAAAUUCACUGUGUUAUUUAAGAAAAAAAGGUAAGCUAUACUUAGUGCCAACAGUAAGUGGCCAUUCGUAAAGCAGUGUUUUAGCUUUUCUUGUGCUAGCUUGUAAUUUUAGGAAAAAAAGUGCUGUUCUUUGAAUUGAAAAAUGGUGGCAUUCCCCCCUCUUCCCAUGUUUUAAAGCUUCAUCUUAUAUCCAGUUCCCAAAAUAUUGCAUUUUUACCUAAGUAUUUUUUUUUUAGGUGUGCUGUGUUUGGGGAAUAUUUGAAAAUUUAAAGCAUGAUUUAAAAUUUUUAAGUGAGCUGUGACACUGGAAAGCUCUUCAUUUUUAUUCUUUUAAAAUAGAUUUUUUUCCUAUUUAUAUAUGUAAAAUUGUAGUGUAUUUCUUUUCACCAAACAGUGUGUGGGACAUUCUUUAUCACUGUUUUAGGAUCACCUCAGGAAGUGUCAUUACCCAGAAUUCCUCACUCUCUGCUUUGAGACUUGUAAGUUUAUCACCAUAUUUCUGCUUGGUGCCAUCUUGUCAGAGUAAUAUUUGAUGUCUGUGAUAUGUAAAGAAUUAUCCUAGGAUAGAGACUAAGUUUUAAGCACAGAUUUCAGAUGUUACCACUUUAAAACAAAUCAGGGAUAACAAGUUAAACUUAUAACUUAAAAUAUGCAAUGACAUUUAGAGGUAACCAGUAUUGAAAAUAGGUCACAUAUAACUGUCUCCUCCUGCAAAUUGCUCUCACAACUGACUCUAUUAAUUUAAGAUAGUUCAUUCCUUACCCUUGAUAAGAAAAUGGAAUUGAUGGUAGGUGUCAAAGUGCUUUUCAAAACAGUAUACCAUUAGAAUAUCAUUGGAUUCUUUCUCAAAUUAUGCAGGCCAAAGUAAAACAUUCAUUUCCUGAAUUUCUAGAUUACUGACCACCAGUAUUACACUAUAUACUUUUUGUCAGGUCAUUUUAAAAUCCAUACAUUAACUUUAUAAAAUGAUUUUUUACAUGUCACUGUCAGGCACUCACUGUGAAUGUGUUAUCUGUAAAUGGUUAUUUAAUCACACAGUACACUACAUUUUACAUAUGAUAUGCACUUACUCUCUGGGAAUAAUAAGUUAUAUUAUUUAAAAAUAAAUAGGUCAACAGACUCUAAGCAGGGAGGGGAAAAAGAGUAAUAGCAUUGUUGCCCAUGUGCCACACACCAUCUAGAACAUUCUCUUGGUCACAUCAUGUGCCCAAGUUGUCAUGUCAUUUUUAGGAAUUCCCAUUUCAAUGUUGAGUUCACCUCUUUAGUUAAAAAAAAGUACUUUGCCUAUCAAUUUCUUGAUAUGGUUUUGCUUUCACUUUGAAACUAAUCAAGAAAGGAAAAUAAUCAGAAUGUCCACACAUGAAAAUUGUUAAUCUCCUGAAGACUAAUUUACAUCUGUUCUAAACAUUUAAUCCUGAUUUUAAAAGUUAAAAAUCCAAAACAGGAGGAAUAUUUGUCUUAUGUGGGUACUUAGAGAUAAGUUUUAUAAGACCAGUUAUUCACAAAAUAAAUUUUUCUCGUUAGAAUUUUUUUUUUUUAGAAAUCUGGGUAUUGUACUUAACUAGCCAAUUUUAAAGCUUGUAUCCUUUUGAGAAUGUUAUUAGAGCAACUUUUUAUAAGCAGUUACGUAAGAAUGUUCUGGUGACUACCUUGUCCUGAUUCCGUCUCGUUAGAACUUUCUUUUGCAGGGCAUUUUCAUGUUUGGUUUACAGUCGGGGCAGAGUGGGCAAGUCAGCAAAACGUUUGAGCUGGGGAUACUAAAAAAGAACGAUCAAAGAAUGAGAGAAAGACUUCGUUUGGGGUAAAUGGGCUCCAGUACUUCUUUUCCUCAUGUGCAUGGUGCUCCUUAUGAUUUGUCUUGUAUUUAGCCUUUCUGAUACCCAUCGGACUGCUGCUCUAACUUACACUCUUUACCUUGCCCAGAUCUUCAUCUAAAGAACGCUUUAUGAUCAACUGCCAUAGGACUGAUGGCUUAACCGGUAUUUGGCUUUAUUCGAAGUCAAUGCCCCGCACAGCUCUUGUAUGUAUUUUAGAUGCUAGUAAGUUUUCAGCAUGUGAUGUGUGAUUCUUGUUUGAGUGUUUAUUAUAGAUAUCUUGUGAAUUCUAGAACAGAGACUGUGCCUCACAAUUGUUGGUCCCAUGAACUAUCCUUCAUGGUGAUGGUUUUGAAAAUACAAUCAGGAAACAACCCCAACAAAUUUGGAAUUUAAAAUAGAAUCAUAUAUCAUCAAAUUAAAAAAGAAUCUCUUCCCCCUUUCCUUAUCCCUACAUAACAACUGCAUUUAAGUAAAAUGCAGGUGCUAUGGGGAAAAACCCUGGCCAGAUGAUAGUUUGGUGGGAUAAACUGAUUACUGUUUUAAAAAAAACUGCUUCACCAUAGAUAUUCUCCAGUUUCUCUUUUUUACCUUUCUAAAAAAAUUACUUUUUAGGAACAUUUGGUAUAAUGUGCAUAAAAUUAUUUACUGAUUUAUGGGCAAAAUGAUACAAGUAGCAUUUUGAUUGAACAUCAUUUACCUCAGAUAUUCAACCAGCAGUACAUUUUUUAUGCAGUCUAAACCCAUAUCCUAUUUGUUACCUCUCAAAAUAUUGGAAAGCAAUUAUUUAGCUUUACUCUGUAUUUCUUGUCAGUGUUUUGGGCACAGGUUGUUGUACUACUGUCAAAUUGUACUUGCUGUUUUUUCAGCAAGUAUUUAACAAAAAGCUAAAAAAAAAAAAAAGCC